UAGACGCUAAAUGCGCUUAGCGAGCCACAGCUGAAUAAAACAGGCCAUACUCCGCUCUACACUUGAUAUAUCGGAGCACAUAUUUUCUGUGUGUUAUAAAGUAAAGAGCAGCUGGUAUUUCAUAUGAGAUGUGACAUUAUCAGUAAGGCGGGAAUGUGGUUUAUUCGCAAUGGGAAAUGUUUUCGGCAGACAGGGACGAGUUACCAGUCGAGUGACAGAUCAGGACAGGGCGAUAUUGCAACUGAAACAGCAGAGAGAUAAACUGAAACAAUAUCAGAAGAAAAUCACAUUACAGCUGGAGAAAGAGAGAUGUCUGGCCAAACAGCUCCUGAAGGAUGGCAAGAAGGAACGAGCUCUUCUGCUGCUCAAAAAGAAACGCUACCAAAAUCAGCUGCUGGACAAGACCGACAUCCAGAUAGCCAACCUGGAGCACAUGGUUCAAGAUAUUGAAUUUGCUCAGAUUGAAAUAAAGGUCAUUGAGGGUUUAAAAGCUGGGAAUGACUGUCUCAAGCAAAUGCACGAGGUCAUGUCUAUUGAGGAGGUGGAGAGAAUACUGGAGGAGACGCAGGAGGCCAUUGAGUAUCAGAAGCAAAUUGAUGAACUGCUGGCAGGUUCUUUGACAGCGGAGGAUGAGGAUGCUGUGUUAGCAGAGCUGGAGGCCAUCACUCAGGGAGAAGACAUAACCCUUCCAGAAUUACCCACGGAUCCAUUGCCAGUGGUGCCUACGGGGAAGACAGAAAGAAAAGAGGCACAAAUCAAGCCGGAGCGAGAGAGGCUGGCAGCGUAGUGUUUGAUCCUGCAACCUGGCUCAUCACUUUGUUUUGAAUGAAAGGAAGACCUAGGGGAAUGUAAUUGGCAGAAAAGAAGGCUUUCUUAGGAUAUUUAAUAGGCACGCAUCAGAAUCAGUGUUCCCAUGGUCAUGGAAAACUUGGAAAUAUCAGGGAAUUUUACUUUUUAUUUUAUUUUUCAGACUUAUAGUCAUGGAAAGCAAUAAAAUGUCAACAAGAAGUCAUGAACAUUUCUUGUUAUUCUAAUUUAUUUAUUGUAAUUGGCUAUAAUAUGUUAUUGCAAUUAUAUAUUUUUAAAAUAUUUAAAAUUAUAUUUAAAACAGUUUCUUUUUAAAAGUAAUUACGAACGACUUGAAAUGUCAUGAACAAUAAAAAUUGGGCAAACCAUGU